GCGCGCUGAGCUGACGCUCCAGAGCCGCGAGGAGCUGUUGUUCCAGACUGCCACAAGCAGGACACUCAGAGGACUGCUGGAUUAGAGCGACAAAGGAGAAAGUGCAGUCUUUACGUGAAAUACAACUUUCUCUAGGCGUUUGUUGAAUGAGAUCGUGGCUAUGACUGCUUUCUGAGGCGUAUGCUUGAUUUUAGGCGCACCGCAAUAUGGAUUUACCAGUAACGAGACACGACACGCCGAACAGUCCUCCAGCAAAGUUUUGAUUGUCAUCGCUACCUUUAGACCCCAGUGCUGGAGACAGAGCCCUGAAGUUUGACGCAGCAUUGAGGAACCGCAUGUGAAGACUUGGUGGACACGGCCACUGUCGGACGAUACUUCUACCGCUUUUAAAGAAACAAUUCAUGGGGUGACCCGCUCGAAGCAUCUGAAACUCAAGUCUGGACAUGGCCUGGAUCUCCCUUGUGUCCUCUCCUAUAGGACACUGCACCACGUCAUAGGGGCUCUGCAUGAAUCCAGAGUGAAUGAAUCUUUGCCAAAACGCAGCUGUGCUCUUCUCCCCCACCACCAUGAGGAGCAAGUAUUCACUGUACUACAACAGGAGCCUGGUGCAGUACUACUAUGUCUACGCCAAGAACAUGACCAGUCAGGAGGUGGCGGAGCGCACUGCACAGAAAAAUACUGGGUUGAAUACAUUAAACAUUGUCAUUGUGAUCCUUUGCACCAUUAUCAUUUUGGAGAAUCUCCUGGUGCUUAUUGCAGUCUUUCGCAACAAGAAGUUUCACUCAGCAAUGUUUUUUUUCAUCGGUAAUCUGGCAUUCUCAGACCUCCUGGCUGGUUCUGCCUUUAUAGCUAAUAUUUUUCUUUCAGGGGCAAAGACUUUCUACCUGUUCCCUGUGCAAUGGUUCAUCCGAGAAGGCACAGCGUUCAUAGCGUUGGCUGCCUCAGUCUUCAGUCUGUUGGCUAUAGCCAUUGAACGCUACAUUGCCAUCACUAAAGUAAAAGUGUAUGGCUCCACUAAAACGUGCCGCAUGUUCCUGCUGAUAGGGGCAUGCUGGGUCACCUCUAUCCUGCUGGGUGGACUCCCCAUCCUCGGUUGGAAUUGCAUUGACAAUCUCCCGGACUGUUCAGCCGUUUUACCACUUUACUCCAAGAAAUACAUCCUGUGUGUUGUCACUAUCUUCAGCAUUAUUCUGCUUUCUAUUGUGAUCCUGUAUGUGAGGAUAUAUUUGAUUGUUCGGUCCAGCCACCAGGAGGCCACAAACUCACAGGCCUAUUCCCUUUUAAAGACAGUGACUAUUGUGUUAGGAGUGUUCAUCAUGUGCUGGCUGCCAGCCUUCACCAUCCUCCUACUGGACUCCUCCUGUAGGAUACAGUUGUGUCCAAUACUCAACAAGGCAGAAAUGUUCUUUGGCUUUGCCACUCUAAACUCAGCACUUAACCCGAUCAUCUACACUCUGCGCAGCAAAGACAUGAGGAAGGAGUUCCUGCGUGUGUUGUGCUGCUGGGGGGUGCUUCAAAGUGGACGUCCCUCUGACCGCUGCCUGGUCCCCCUAAAGAGCUCCAGCUCUCUGGAGCAGUGCACCAACAAACAUGAACACCAGACCACACCCAUCAUGCAGGACUGCACCACGUGUGUCUAAUACAGCGCACAUCAAAGUGCUUUUGGGUGAAUGAGCAUGUGAGACUCUAUGAGGCCAACAGGCUGCCCUUUAGGGGCGAACCAAACAGGGAGUAAAUCCAAAGAAUGGAUGUGAAAUGAGCCUUCUAUUGUGUACUCUUUGGGUACUAAUUAUUAUGGAGUUACAAGCCAUUUCCAGUAUAAACCUGUCAUCUUAUCUUCUUUAACAUAAACUCAUUGUAACCAUACAAAUGUAACAUGCAUCAUGUCCAUAUUAAAGUGGGUGACAGCAGACCAUCAAGGUCGCAUACACUUGUGAAUGUUUUACCAUUAGAUUAAAACAGAUGACUCCACUUUACUGAUGUUUGUAAAAUGGGCCCAAUCUUUAUUCUCAUGCUAUUCUGAGCUGAAGCUAACCAGUGAAUAGAAACAUUAUACUCCCAUAUACCUUUGCUUGAACUAUGUGAUUUAAUACAACCUACAUAUUGUGCUUAUAUGUAAUGCAUGAAUUCUAACUCAAUUCUAUUGGUGUGUAUAAUGUUCGGUUUCACCACUAACUUUCUGCCCCGAUUCAAACCUGUAACCUGUCCCUGUUGCUUUAGCUGUAGUCUUUGUACCUUGACUGUUUCCUUUGAGGAAGGCCUUAUCAGAAAGUACAUUUCCUUAAAUAAGUGGCACUGAUAAAUUUCACUUAAACCAAUGGGACUGAUGCUCUAUAAACCGUAGCAACUGCAAUGUACUUUGACGGUUUUGCCUUCCUUUUGGGCAAUAAGGCUGAAUGUAUGUAUGAAGUGUUUGGGGCAGGUGCUCCAUUCUUGACAGUAUUAUUGUUAAUUAUCAAUGACAAGCAGAGAGUGGGAUGGACAGGGUAGAUUUACUCUCACUGUGAAAUUUUUUAGCACAACCCGUUAAUGAGCACCCCAGUUCAAGGAAUCCAUUUAAUGUUUCAUGUUUCUGUUGUGACCCCAUAACUCCACUGGAGCAGGUCCAUUUUUAAAGUCACACUGGGAUGUGGUCUUUUGAGGGGUCGUCUACAACACUCUACUUCCUUUGACCCAAGGAAGUCCCGUUAAACACUGUCCGGUUCCUGUUUGGCGUUCACCCUCCCUCUUCAUGUGGCUCCCUCAGUGUUUUCAUUAAUGUAACAUUUCAAAUUCUGUUUAAAAUGAUAAAAAGCACUUUGGCAGCUCCACAUAUUUGCUUUCCAACAACACAGAGAAUCUGAUUUCAAUGUGUUGCCUGACAUUGUUUUGCCAUAAAUAUGUAUAAUAUUUGUACUGUCUUAUAGUGUGUAUGAUUGUGUUGUAUAUAUUGUCUUGUGUGCAAUAGCCUUGUAUGUAGUAGCACGUUGCCUAUGUUAAACUGGUACAGUCUGAAACACUAAUGUAGGUACAUGAAUUAUGUUAAUUACAUUCCGUUUUUUAUAAAAUAAAACAUUUUGAACCGUG